GCGCCGCCCUCCCCCCCUCAAGCGGCCGUGACCUUCCAAGAUGGCGGCGCGUUCUCGCGAGGUUUCGGGGUGGGCUCUGCGCGCGCGCGGGCGCCGCGGGGGCCGCUGGGAUCGCGGCGGACCCGGCGCAGACGGAGCCGGCGGAGCGGCCGCCAUGGACGUGUUCCUGAUGAUCCGGCGGCACAAGACGACGAUUUUCACCGAGGCCAAGGAGUCCUCGACCGUGCUGGAGCUGAAGCGGAUCGUGCAGGGCAUCCUGCACCGGCCGCCCGAGGAGCAGCGGCUCUACAAGGGCGGGCACUGAGGGGUUAACGGGGAACUGGGG